UCGAUUUCGUAGUUCAUUAUAGUUUGCAAUGGGUCGCAAACGAAAGUCACGGGCUCCGGUGAAAAUUACUCAGUCGCCGAAACAAAUAAAAAUCGAUCCGUCACCAUUGCAGAAAGAGGAAAUCAGCGAAAAUGAACCCGACCCUAGCGAAAACACUGAGCUGCUGUCGGACGAUGUUAAGCUGUCAACGCUGGCCGUUUCGACGGCGUCUCCAAGACCGGGACCUUCUCAAAGCGAACCGGUUACUGACGGCAUAGAGCAAUCCGAAACGGAACCCACUGACGACGAUCGGUCCAAGCGAGUACGUGAAUGGAUGAUUGAACAACAGCAGCAAAAGGAAAGGCCCGAUUCAAUAGCCGGAUCCGGCGAACCGGAAACUGUUGAAAGUCCGGUGGAAGAUCCACUGGAGGAACAGGAUUAUCCGAUGGAAGACGAUAAUUCGCAGCUGAUGACCGGAACGGAGGUCCCAUUGCGACAUCGCUUGAAGGCUUAUACAGAAAAGGAAAUUCUUAACUCAGUAAUGUAUGAGUGCGAGUGGUUUAAAUGCGGCUUCGAAACCACCGAAGAUAUGGAGUAUAUGACACAUGUUGAUUCCCAUUCGGUUGAAUAUCUACGUGGGAAACGUGACUUAAGGGACAUACCCUGCCUCUGGGAUCUCUGUGACUUUAAGGCGGCCAACGCAGACGAUAUGGAAAGUCAUCUACAUUUUCACGCGUACCACAAUCGUAUGAAAACUCAUGGUGCCAGUUUGAGCAACAUUAUAGAAAUUCCAAAGUGCAACAGUGACAGUCGCCGACGGAACUGCAUCGACAUGUAUAACAUCACAUUCCGGUGUGAAUGGGAAGACUGUGAAGAGUACUACAACAAAGCGCAGCUUUUCUUCAAUCAUGCUAACAACCACGUCCAAGAUCAGUUCCCAGUGGACAAGCGCUCGCGUAAGGAGCCCGUGCAGUGCCAAUGGGCAUUCUGUAAGCAAACGUAUAGACGGGCCAGCAUAGGCUUAGAGCACAUUCGACGGCACUCUACCGAACGAACCAUCGGUUGCUACACGUGCGGAGCGAUGUUCGUCUCUCGACUAAAGUAUAUCGAUCACUGCAAACGGCAAGUGGAAUACCAUAAUCGAGAAUAUCCUUGCACACAAUGUAACAAGCUAUUCGCAACGAAGCAAUUGAUGGUUGAUCACAAAAAUAUUCACAACAAGAAGUAUGCUUGUUCAUUUUGUCCAAUGAUGUGGCCAUCCAGGAAAGCACUGGCCUAUCACAUACGCUACAGACAUGUCGACGAAAAACCUUUUAAAUGUCACCUAUGCAGCCAUCGGGCAGUAACCGCUCGUGACUUACGAAUUCACACAAGCAUUCACGAAAGCAGCCAUUUAAAACGGUGCAAAGAACCCGGCUGCACGGCGGCAUAUAAAUCCGAAAUAUCACUACGAAAACACUUAUCCAUGCAUCAUAUGGGCUUACCCCCGGAUGUCUACGCGUGCCAUUUGUGUCCUAAAGAGUAUAAAAAUGGAACCGGUUUAUCACGUCACUUUAUGGUGUGCCACAAAUUGGACAGGGAACCGGGUUAUGUUAGAUUUCUGUACCGCCUCGAUGUGCUGGAUGAUAAGUAUCGCUUGGCAACUUAUCUAGACGCCGAGCUAAGAUCUGGCAGAGACACGGACGCCGAUGUAACCGACCCGAAUGUUUCCAACGCAGACCAGUCACUGCUCUCGACUACGGUCGGAUCCGAUAGUACAUGGACGAGCUACUCAAUCGAGUCAUGGCGUCCACUUGGACAGGAUAAGAUAGCUAUCCGAAUGAUGCCCGGCAAAGUAUUUGAAAAAGAACCGAAAAAAUCUCGCCGUAAGGCAAAACCCCGCCGCAAUUCAAAGUCCCAAAAAACGGGAAAAACAAAAAGUAAUAACACCGAUUCAGCUGCGAAAAAAAGAGCCACUCACGUUCGAGCUAGAAAGGCCAAGAAGUCUUCUCGCAAACCGUCCACUGAGCAAGCUGAAUUGGUUUCACCGAGUGUUGACCAAAGCACGUCGACUGUGCCAUCUGUUCAAGAACAAGAGAAAGCUAAGCCAAACGACAAAGAAGACAAUGUAAUAACGACGGAGAAUAUACAACAAUCUUCCCCUGGAGAACAACGCAAUGAACCCGUUGCAUCGGAGUUCAGCAAUAAACCUUUGCCAAAUCCGUCAUCAAAUGAGCCGAGCGCAUCGAAUGAAACGCUGCGCAAAAAAGCACCGCGAAGCAGCAACGGGGAAGCGUCACAAAGUGGCGAUGAUCUCAUAACGGAAACCGUGGGCGAGUUUACUAUUACCAUGAGCAGAACUGAUAAAUCUAACACACGCGACGGUAGCCCGCAAGAGCCACCGCCCCAAAAACAGCAGCCGCUCGAAGAAGCGAUCGACAGCAAAGAGCUGGUGAAGCAGGAAAUUGUAAGAUUUAACGAUAUCGAGCUGGUCAAGCAAUACCUCCAGCCGGACUGUGCGGUCGUCAUUUCAAUCGACGAAACGGAUACCGCCGGCAAUGUGUUGCAGAACCAAACAAUCAACGCAAUUCAGUAUAGUUGCAAACGAAAUAUGAGUUUGGAUUGCAAACCACCUAUUCAUUAAGCAGAAAUUUGCAGCACCUACAACUGCUGCUACGUUUUUAUAUUUUUUAAAGAAUCAGUUUAGUUUUAAGCGAAUACUUUCAUGAAUACUUUUUUUUAUAUUUUUUAUAAUUACCCAAUAGCGAAAUUUGUUAUGUACUUUUUCCCACGAAUAGUGACACUAUUUUCAGUUGUUAAAUGAUCUAUAAUGUUAGAUAGCGUGAACUCAAAGCUAAAACAACGCUAUAUAUUAUUUCCUUAUUUUUAUUUCUGAUGGAUUUUAAAGGAAACCAUGAAUACAUGAAGGAAACCAUAAAUACAUCCCCAAACAGCUUAUCGUUUAAUUUACCAGGGGUUAAUGAGUUUUAUUUGCUUUGUAUCUAUGCUAUAAGAAAAUAAAAAUUGUUGCGAAAAUUAUUCUGGUGUCCUUUAUAGUAGUAGUCAUGGCUCAUUUUAUCAGUGUUGUAAACAAAUGGAAGUAAAGUAAUAAA